AUGUUGAACGUCUUCUCACACUCGUCCCAUGCAAGCUUGAACACGGUCAAGUCAAUGUUGCUUCGCGUCGGAAUCGUCGCGUUCUUCGGUGCCUUCAGAACUGCAUGCAUCUCGGUAGAGGAGGGGGGUCUGAGAGAUACGAUCAUUCCGAAUGCAUACGUAAUCCAGCUCGACCAGAGUGUCCCAUCUCCGCUGACGGCGCGAUCGGUGAACUAUCAACAUGAGCAAUUCCACAAGCGAGCUGCCACGGCGGCGAUCGAGUACGCUGUCCGCCACGAGUUCACCAACCCCGAUGUUUUCUUCGGGCUCUCGAUCACGCUCGGACAAAGAUCGACCGAAGACGAGAAUGUACAGGCCCUCUGGGAACUGCCGGGCGUGAUCAGCAUCGAGCCCAUCUACUUUGUCCCGCGUCCCGAAGAUCCCGUGUCGAACAGCACGCUCAAAACAGAGCCCACCCCCUCGAGUGGUGACCUCUCCAUGCCGCGGGUUGUUGCAGGCAAGGGGAGUGGCUUGCUCUCGGCGCUGGAGAUGACGGGCGUGGACAAGCUCCACGAGCUCGGCAUCAAGGGAAAGGGGAUCAAGAUCGGAAUCAUCGAUACCGGCAUCGACUACCGACAUCCCGCGCUUGGUGGAGGGUUUGGCCCGGGCUUCAAGGUGGAGGGGGGUUAUUCUUUCAUCGACGAUGAGGGAGUGGUUGCGUCGAGCCCGGAUCCACUGGCUACGUGCCUACUUGGUGGACAUGGAACUCAUGUAGCUGGCAUUGUGGGUAUGAUCCCACUGAAUGACACAGGCUUUGAUAUUGUCGGCGUCGCACCCGAAGCCUCUAUCUACGCCUAUCGAGUAUUCGGCUGCAAUGGCAAUUCAAGUAGCGAUCUUGUUCUGGCCGCGAUGGGCAAAGCCCUGGAAGACGGUGUCGAUGUCCUCAGCAUGUCCUUCGGCGGAGGAAUGAGUAGUUGGCUAUCUGAAGAUAUCUACCAGUCUGUAGUCACAAAUCUCAAGAACGCCGGAAUCUCCGUGAUAGCGGCCAGUGGAAAUUACGGUUCACACGGAAUGUACUCACAGAGCUACCCUGCAGGAUCUACGGGUGCCAUCAGCGUUGGCUCUGUUGCCAACUCGCGAUUCCCGUUGGUAUAUUCGGCUGUCGAUAACAACAACCAGACGAUACCGUACGCAUCAACCUGGCCUUUGGAAUCCGAGCAGGGGAAAUCAAUUUACAUUGUCUCCCCCGGUUGCGAUGCCGAUGCAUGGGCACUCGCUUUCGAGACCGUGGAUCUCAACAGUACCAUCAUGGCUUUCGAGUCGGGCCCCUCCUGCAAGAUUUCCAGCGCCGAAACGCACUGGACCACGUAUCCCGAAUCUGUCAUCACUUUCAUCCAGCCAUCAACGAAUCCGCACCGUGUAGAUUAUAGUGCGCCCAUAGCAGGGACCUACGGCGACACCGUGGUUGUCAACAUCAACGCCACCUACUAUACUCUGCUCAACGCCACUUACGCAUCCGUUGGUGGCUAUCCUAAUUACCGGCUCAGAUUCGUGAGCAAGACGUUCGAUAGUCCCGCCCAGCACGCUGCCGGAUUCAUGAAUUCCUUCUCAGGCUGGGGACCAAAUUGGCUUACCUAUGAGCUCAAGCCCCAGCUCUCUGCCCCAGGGGGGAACAUCCUCGCGACCUGGCCGCUCGGAAGGAACUCCGGGUAUGGAAUCACGUCUGGGACGUCAAUGGCGGCGCCGUUCGCAAGCGCAGCCUAUGCUCUUGUGAAGUCCCAAUUCCCAACAUACACCAUCGAUCAGAUUCGCGAGCUUCUGCAGACAACGUCCAGUCCACGGAAAUGGAUCAACGACACGGCGAUCCUCUCCAGCACCGCACAUCAAGGGUCCGGCAUGAUCGACCCUUACCGGGCCAUCUUCUCGGAAACGGAGCUGUCGCCCGGGGAGAUCACGAUCGGAGACGACGAGAAGCAUCAGAACUGGGGUCGUGCCAACAUCACGAUCAAGAACAGAUCAAGUCGUUCCAAGACAUAUUCACUGUCCCAUAUUGGCGCCGGCUACACGAACUUCGUCCGCUUAGACGGCGAGGAACAACAGUUGGCGAACUACGGCACUGUGGAUUUCGAAGCCUCGGAGGUGACGCUCGCAUCGGGGGAGUCCAGCACUAUCCGAUUCACAGUGAAGCCUCCAUCGAACGUAGUGGAGAGACAGCUUCCAGUCUUUGGUGGCUUCAUCCAAGCCACGUCCGACGGCGAAUCCCACACCGUCCCGUAUGUAGGCGCCCCCUACUCAGUCUACAACGCCGCGUACAUCGACACACAGAACCAGGGCGACCUUCCCCUCCCCAGGGUCUGGAGCCAAGAAGGAGACGUGGUCGUCGUCAACAACGGGACGUUCGAGUACGCAGAGUCCGGGCCGCCGUAUCCUACCAUCUCGGCAGCCACGCUCCAGUUCAGCCGGUCGCUGCGCGUCGACGUCUUGCCGGCAGCGACUAGCAUCGUCCCGUCACGGUACGGGUUCGAGCAAAGCGGCUUGCGGGAUCAGACAUACAUCCCUUCUCGCGUCACUCCCAACUCGACGAUUUUCGGCUUCCCGAGCUUCGGGUCCAUCACUAAUCGGACGGGAGGGUUGUGUCCGUCUAGUAUCGAGACGCUGUGGAUGGGGACGAGUGUACGAUCGGACAACGACGUGCUGUUUGCUACUGGCCCAGGCGACUACCGGUUCUUAUUGAGUGUGCUGCGGUGGGGUGGCGUGGAGGGUGAUCAGGAGGCGUAUGAUACUUGGUUGGGUCCUGUUGUUAGGAUCGUUGCAUGA